CUGGAAACAGUUGGAUGUUUUGUGGCUGGUAGAAGGCAUCUUCUGCUCUUCGGUUGAGUGGUGGCAUGAAGUUGGUAGAGUUUACAACAGCUAAAUAGCAUCCAGCUGAGCAGCAUAAAAGGGAGAAGAAGCUCAUUACUGGAUAUACAGAAUGCCUCCACAGUCAGAACCUACACAGGUUAAACCAGAAAAUGCUGUCAGUGUUCCACAGCUGUUUACCUGGGAAGAUAUUGCAAUUCACUCUGGUCAGGGGUCUUCCAAGCAGGACCAAUGGCUGGUCAUCAACAGGAAGGUUUAUGAUAUCAGCAAUUUCUACCGGAAGCAUCCAGGAGGAAGCCGUGUCAUCAGCCACUUUGCAGGACAAGAUGCUACGGAUGCCUUCUCAGCUUUUCACAAGAAUGAAGCUUUAGUGAAGAAAUACUUGAACUCACUGCUAAUUGGAGAGCUGGCACCAGAUCAGCCUUGUUGUGAGCCCAGCAAAAAUGAGUUGCUGUUAAAGGAUUUUCGUGAUCUCUAUGAUACUGUCAAGAAGAUGGGACUCAUGAAUUCCAAUUAUCUCUUCUUUGCCCUCAUGGUCCUACACAUCAUUCUGUUGGACUUUGCCACCUGGAUCAUUAUCUACUACUUUGGAACUUCCUGGAUGCCUUUUAUUUUUAGUGUGAUGACAUAUACAACUGCUCAGAUCCAGUAUGGUUGGCUCCAACAUGAUCUGGGGCAUAUCUCAGUGUUCCCGAGCACCAAAUGGAACCGGUGGUUUCACAUGGUUGUGAUGGGUCUCCUUCAGGGUGGACCACCUAGCUGGUGGAACCAUAUGCACAACCAGCACCACGCCAAACCCAAUUGCUACCGCAAGGACCCGGAUCUCAAUAUGCAUCCCCUCCUGUUCAGCCUGGGGAAGCCACUCUCUUGGGAGCUUGGGAAAAUGAAGAAAAAGUCUUUGCCUUAUAACCACCAGCACAAGUACUUCAGCGUGGUUGCUCCGGGCGCACUUGUCCCUUUCUUUCAACUGAUUACAUUCUACUUCGUAUAUACGAGGAAAAAAUGGCUGGAGCUUCUCUUCAUGUUGAUGUUCUAUGUCCGCAUCUCUCUCAUGUAUCUUCCUUUAAUGGGAUUUAAGACCUUCAUGGCACACUACUGGACAGUCAGGUUCCUGCAAGCUUGUUGGUUCAUCUGGGUCUCACAAAUGAACCAUAUCCCAAUGCACAUUGACUACGACAAGAAUUUGGACUGGGUCUCGGCUCAGCUGGCAGCAACGUGUAAUGUGGAACAGUCUUGGUUCAAUGACUGGUAUACCGGACACUUGAAUUUCCAGAUUGAACACCAUCUCUUUCCCAUGAUGCCUCGACACAACUACUGGAAGGUGGCCCCUCUGGUGAAAUCCCUGUGUGCCAAGCAUGGUGUUGACUACCAGUGCAAGUCCCUGCUCGCUGCCUUUGCAGACAUUUUACACUGUCUAAAGGAGUCAGGAGACACCUGGCUUGAAGCCUAUUUACAUGCAUAAGAAAAGGACAGAUCUUCAAAAAGGAUAAUCUUUUUCAUACUACUGCUACCACAGAGCUCCAGCAUUUGGGGGGGAAGGCAGGCCUGGCUUUGAACUCAUCACACCAUGAAUGAAGAGCUUCCUCUUCAAUAGCUGAGACUUGAUCUAACCACUGGACCCUGUUGCCUAACAAUGAGAUAUUAGGAACAAGUCAGGCAGGGAAUGGACUUUGUUUUGGGAUAAGAAGCUACUUUGUUUUGCCUUCGGGUAGAUUCCAUGAGUUCCUUUCCAACUGGAAUUAUUUGGGGGCUUCAGUUGUCUGGGAAUUAUUAAAAGCUAGUGUGGUGUAGUUGUUAUAGUGUAAAUGAAGUUUGGGGAGACCCAAGGUCCAAAUCCCCAGUUGCCAUGAAACUCACUGGAAGACUUUGGGGUCAAGUAGUUUUUCACAAUCUAACCUAUAUCACAGGACUGUUGUGAAUAUUAAAUGGAGGACGUGGGCACCAUAUAUGACCUCCUGACCUCAUUGAAGGAAGGGUGAGAUAAAAAUGUAAUAUAUAAAUAAAGUUUUGGAAUGGAAAUGUUGUGCGUCUAGUUCUAAUAUGGCACAAGCUAAUGGGGAAAGGACGUUUCUUUGAGAAGAGGUGAAAGCAACCUCCGGGUUUUGGGGUUUUUUUUUUUCCUGCUUGCCCAUUGUUAAAUGGGCAAGGUUUAUUAGUUUUUUAAAGAGUUAUAUAAAACAAAAGAAAAAGAGCAAUACACUUCAAAAAUAUCCAGCCAACGUCUCGUUCAUAACAUCUUUAGAUACAUAAUUCCCUUUAUUCCUUUGUUAAUCU